GCUGCUCCGUCUCCACAGGACGGACUCUCACCUCACCUGUGACUGGGUCCAGCACAGUCUAACACUGACCUUUGUACCGCCUGAGGUUUCUCACUGGGAACAUGUGGGGUGUGUUUACAUGUUCAGUGUUUCUGAGUGUCCCCCUCCCUUCGUACAGAGUGAGUGUGCUGGUCCGUCCCCUCUCUCCUCCCUCACAGAGGCAGGACCGGACUGUCAGAGCUCAGACUCCUCCACCCGGAGCACAGAGGGAGCUCAGAGGAGGAGAAGCAGGAGGAAAUCUGUCCGGUGCUUCAUGCUUUGGACUCUUCAGCAGAGAAAUGAGCCUGAAGAUCAGCAGCUACUGAGACAACAAGCAGACAUGGACAAACAGAAAGUGCUGGCCAAGCUGGUCUGGGACCUGCAGUCCUUCCUGGCUGUUCUGGACUCAGAGAACCUGAGUUACAUCGCUCAGGCUCAGAAGAAAUCCAUCUCCGAGCUGCUGUCCAAACUGCAGACACACGACGCUGCAGUGGAAGAUGCUGAAUACAUGAUCAUGAGCUGUCCAUCACUGUCUCCUAGCAACGAGCUGACAGACACGCCUGGGACAGAAGGUGUGUGGUCCUCUGAGCUGCUGUCAACACAGGACUCAUCUGUCCGGCUGAGGAACGGGGUGCAGGGCCCCGCGGUGCCGCCCCACCCACCAGGAGGGCUGGGGGGUGAUGAUGAUGAUGAUGAAGAUACAUACGAGGAGGCAGAACCCUACGUCCCUGCUGACACAAGCAUGUCCAACACUGAGAAGGCGGAGUCUGACAGCAGUCACUACGAGUCAUAUGGCGAGGAAGAUGACGAUGAUGAUGAUGAUGAUGAUGAUGGGGAGGGGGUUGUGAAGGACAGAGCUCACUACAUCCAGUGGAGCGCCUCUCAGCCCUGCCUAAGGCCCGCCCCCGAGUCCCGCCUCUGUGGUUACCUGUGGAGGAGGAAGUGGCUCGGACAGUGGACCAAGCAGCUGUUCAUCAUCAGGAACAACACUCUGCUGUGUUAUAAGUGUGCUCAGGACCUGCUGCCUCAGCUGGAGCUGAACCUGUGCGGCUGUCAGCUCGUCUACAAGUCAAAGGGCAGCGGGAAAAUCCAGCACCAGCUCAAACUGGUUCUGCUGGGCUCAGAGACACUGGUGCUGGGCUACAACAGCUUCCAGCAGGCUGACGAGUGGAGGAAGGUGAUAGAGGAGGUGAGUGCUGGAGGUGAAGCGGAGACUCAGAGUUCGUCUCUGAUCAGAUCAGACCAGGUGCUGUCCUGCAGGUCCAGUACAGUCCAGACUGACUCUGAGGAGGAGAAACCUUCAGCUGGCUGCAGCUUCAGCAGAGACAAAGGUUUCCUGAACGUGCUGAUGAACUGUCAGUGGCAGAGUUUACGGUGUCAGGUGGAGGCUGGUCUCCUCAACAUGUUUGGAGAGGAGGAGGAGGAGGAGGAGGAGAAGGAGAAGGAGAAGGAGAAGGAGGAGGAGGAGGAGGAGGAAGAGGAGAGAGAGAUGGUGAAGAGGGAGCGAUCUCCUCAGUACACCGUCCAGCUCAGAGGGUGCGAGGUCCGAGCCGGGCCUGACACCGAGCGCUCCUACAGGGUCACACUGAGCAUGCUCGGUGACCAGGUCGCUGUGCUGGAGGUCAGUAGUUUGGAGGAAAAGGAGCGGUGGUUGAAGCUGCUGCAGGACGGAGCUGCCAAUCACAAUCACCAUGACAACAGCACACAGGAGCACACAGGUGGAGCUCUCAGUGGGCUGCAGACUCGGAGGUUUCCCACCUCCAACACCUACAUGGACGAUCCCUUCCAUCUGAGCGGACCAGGCCGAGACCAGCCCAUCUACUCCAACACCUCCAUGCUGGAGCACAUGCUCCUCAGCUCCCAGGAUUCAGUUCGCUGCAGCUCGGUGUCGUCCAAAGACUCUGUGACCUACAGUAACACCGUCUUCACCAGCCGCAACAGGAAGGCGGGUGAGGUGGAGCGAGGCGUUCAGAAGCUGGAGCUGACCGCCAAGAGGACGGUGCAGCUGAGGGCGGGCUCAGAGAUCAACCUGGCGUCGGCCGGGAAGCAAAGCAAACGCACCUCUUUUCGACAGUCGCUGGCCGUCUGCACUGAGCGCGCUCAGCUCGGUUUCCUGAACCCUCUGCUGCGUCGGACGGCCUCGGCUAAGAACUCUCUGAGACGAGCUCCGUCAGCGCUGUUCAUCGAACACGGGAAGGUUUUCCAGAGGAGGAAGGAAUGGGAAACCAAAGCUGCUGCUUGACACCAGCUGCCCAGCCAUCACAUCCCAUCCUCAGACUACAGCAGACCCCCCCUCUACUCCACUGUGGAUUCAGUUUAAAGCUACCAGCUAUGGGUUGUGUGUGUCACCCUCUCUGAGCUCAGUCAGUGUCUGAGUCCCUUCAUGGCCACAGUUCUCCAUCCUCUAACAGCUCCUUACAUCACAGAGCUAAAGACACCCCCCCCCCCCCCCCACCACCACCACCACCACCAGUCUCCAGACCUGCAUCC